AUGGUGUUACUUGAUAAAGUUAAAACAAUGUACAAAAGUCUCACAGAAAAUGAUAAUCAAAGAACGCCCAUUACUUUACAAAAUUUCAAUAUUGUUCAAAAUAUUAGUGAACAAUCAACUGUUACAUUGUCAAAAGGAUGGGCUUUAUCUUUACCAAAAACAAAAACGCGUUUUACCGAUAAACAAAAAAAAUAUUUAGUUGACGCCUACAAUGAUGGGGAAGAAACAAGAUUCAAAUCUAAACCAGAAACACUUUCUUUGGAAAUCCCAUUCGUCAAGGAAAAUGAUCGUUUUAAGUUUUCACCAGAUGAAUAUUUAACAGCAUCGCAAAUUAAGAGUUUCUUUUCUAGUAUAACUCGAAAACGACGUAAAUAA